AUAACCCUGAUCAAAGCUGAUACAGACAAAUGCUCAUCGCACUGCUUGAAUUUUUGACCUCAUCUCAACGUAACGUCUGCAACAAGAAUGGACCAUGACUGGCAUGGCAGCAGGAGAAGUGGUCAUCGCAGCAAACACUGUGAUGAUGAGGAUGAGUCUGUCUACAUUGGCGUUCCAGUGCCACAGGGCUACAGAAGAAAGCGCAGACGUCGCAAGCACACGUCACGGCAUUCUCACGACCGCAAUGGCCAGGACAGACACCGCAAUCGUCAUGACCAACUGGAUCGAGAGGAGUUAUGUGACCCAGAUGAAGAGGAGCAGGACUCAAAUGGGCAGUUAUCCGACAUCAACUCCAACAUGUCCCCCGCUGCAGAGAGACUGCGGCACAUCCUCAGUGAGGAAGAUGAGCCUACACCCACACUCUUUACUGAGAUGGACACACUGCAGCAUGAGGGUGGAGAGAUGGAGUGGAAAGAGUCAGCCAGGUGGGUUAAGUUUGAAGAGAAGGUGGAGGAGGGGGGAGAGAGAUGGAGCAAGCCGCAUGUGUCCACACUGUCUCUGCACAGCUUGUUUGAGCUGCGCACCUGCCUCCAGACGGGCUGCAUACUGCUGGACCUGGAGGGAUACUCACUGCCACAGAUAGUGGAUGACAUCAUAGAUAAGCAGAUACAAGAGGGUCUUAUAGCUCCAGAGAUCCGUGAGAAGAUCAGUUUUGUCCUCCUGCGGAAACACCGUCACCAGACCAAAAAGCCGAUCCACCGCUCGCUGGCAGACAUCGGCAAAUCCAGUCCCUCGAACUGCAGUCCAAGUCCCAGUUCUCGAGCUGGAUCUGGUUUCCACCGUUCCACCGAGGACCUGCGAGCUCGUCAGAGCGGUGGCCUCAGCAGACUACAUCCUUCUCAGUGCCGCAGUAUGAAUGAUAUUUCCGACACGCCCAGCACUGACCAGCUAAAGAACAAAUUCAUGAAGAAGAUCCCCAGAGAUGCUGAGGCAUCUAAUGUGCUGAUUGGAGAGGUUGAUUUUUUAGAUAAGCCGUUCGUGUCAUUUGUCCGUUUGGCUCAAUCUACAACGCUAGGAGGCCUUACUGAAGUCCCCGUGCCAACCAGGUUCCUCUUUGUGCUGCUUGGUCCCAAUGGCAAAACCAAAUCCUACAAUGAGAUCGGUCGUGCCAUGGCCACUCUCAUGGUUGACGAUCUGUUCAGUGAUGUGGCCUAUAAAGCCAGAGAUCGUGAAGACCUGAUUGCUGGUAUUGAUGAGUUUUUGGAUGAGGUCAUAGUUCUUCCACCAGGAGAGUGGGACCCCAAGAUCCGUAUCGAACCGCCAAAGAAACUGCCUUCAGCUGAAAUGAGGAAGUCAGUUUUUUCUCUAAAUGAACUUGGGCAGCCGAAUGGGACCGCAGGAGGAGGUGCAGUAUCUGCUGAAGAUGAGGCGAUGCCGGCUCCUCAUGAACUUGGAGAGGAGCUGAAGUUCACUGGCCGAUUUUGUGGAGGACUCUGGCUUGACAUCAAGCGGAAGAUGCCUUGGCUGCUCAGUGAUUUCUAUGAGGGCUUCCACAUCCAGUCUGUCUCCACUGUGCUCUUCAUCUACCUGGGCUGCAUCACAAAUGCCAUCACCUUUGGUGGACUUCUGGGGGACGCUACAGACAAUUACCAAGGUGUGAUGGAAAGCUUUCUGGGCACUGCGUUGGCCGGUGCAGUCUUCUGCUUGUUUGGUGGUCAACCGCUCAUUAUUCUCAGCUCAACAGGACCCAUACUGAUCUUUGAGAAGCUGCUUUAUGAAUUCAGCAUGAACAAUGAAAUUGACUACAUGGAGCUUCGGCUUUGGAUCGGCCUACACUCAUGCCUGCAGUGUUUGAUCCUGGUGGCCACAGACGCCAGCUACAUUAUCAAAUACAUGACACGCUUCACUGAGGAAGGAUUCUCCAGCCUGAUCUCCUUCAUCUUCAUUUCUGAUGCCCUCAAAAAGAUGGCAGGAUCCUUUGACUAUUACCCCAUCGAUCAAAACUUCAAGCCAGAGUACAUCACUACCUACAGGUGUGACUGCCAGCCUCCGGAUCAAGUGAAUUCACUGGCGCUCAAUACAUCUAUUCCAUCAGGUCUUGAAAACAUCACUGAUUACGCUUUGUUCAACUUCACGGCUCUGGACUGGAGUCAGCUGAAUAAGAAAGACUGUCUGAAGUUCGGUGGUUCCCUGGUGGGCAAAUCCUGCAAAUAUGUUCCUGAUCUGGCGCUCAUGUCUUUCAUCCUGUUCUUUGGCACUUAUUCCAUGACCAUUUCACUUAAGAAGUUCAAGGCCAGCCGUUACUUCCCCACAAAGCUUCGGAAGCUCAUCAGUGAUUUUGCAAUCUUCACAUCAAUUAUGACAUUUGUUGGUCUUGAUAUGUUAAUGGGGCUUAAAACACCUAAACUGAUUGUGCCAACUGAAUUUAAGCCCACACGAUCGGAUCGUGGUUGGAUUGUCAUGCCUUCGGGGAAGAACCCUUGGUGGAUAUGUGUGGCGAGCUUUGUGCCCGCACUGCUGGUCACCAUCCUCAUCUUCAUGGAUCAGCAGAUCACUGCUGUCAUCGUCAACCGUAAAGAAAAUAAGCUAAAGAAAGGUUGUGGUUAUCACCUGGAUCUGUUCUGGGUGGGCAUCCUCAUGGCUGUUUGCUCCUUCAUGGGUUUACCCUGGUAUGUGGCGGCUACCGUCAUCUCAAUCGCACACAUUGACUCUCUGAAGAUGGAAAGCGAGUCCAGCGCACCUGGUGAGCAGCCACAGUUCCUCGGUGUGCGGGAACAGCGGCUAACGGGGACAUUGGUGUUUGUCCUUACCGGAGUGUCAAUUUUUCUUGCGCCAGUACUGCAGUACAUCCCUAUGCCUGUCUUGUAUGGUGUGUUCCUAUACAUGGGUGUUGCCUCUCUCCAUGGAAUUCAGUUUUGGGACAGGAUAAAGCUGUAUCUGAUGCCAGCCAAACACCAGCCUGAUUUUGUGUUCCUGCGGCACGUACCCCUUCGCCGUGUGCACCUCUUCACACUGGUGCAGAUCACCUGUUUGGCCGUUCUCUGGAUCCUCAAGUCUACCGUGGCUGCAAUCGUUUUCCCAGUCAUGAUUCUCGGUCUGAUGGUUGUGAGGAAGAUGUUGGAUCUGGUCUUCUCGCAGCAUGAUCUUGCCUGGCUGGACGACAUCCUCCCUGACAAGGACAAGAAGAAGAAAGAGGACGAGAAGAAAAAGAAAGAGAAGAAGAAAGCAAAGGCAGAGGAACACAACAACAGCGAUGAAGAGUCAAAGUGUCCCAAAGAAUCUCUUCCCUCAGUGAAGAUUCCUCUGAAGCCGAUGAAUCCAUCCAUGCAGCCACAAUCUUCCCCAAACGCCCCUAAUUCUGACCCCUCAGCCUCAAACUAAGCUUCACCCUUAUUCCACCUGCAGCUAUAGUGGGUUUGAUGCAGACGACAGAUUCAACAAACUGAAGCGUCUACAUGAUACCUAAAGUACUCCAAAAUCAGUGGAUCCAACAACAUUAACACUCACUGAAACCGACACUAACCAUGUUUGUCCAUGCACUUCUAAUGGCAUAUAAUCUGAGUCACAACACACAGAUGUAUGAUAUUUAUAUGUACAUUACUGACGCAGCAACUGACGCACAUUUCCAAACCCACAUUGACCAUAUUGGAGGCGUGUCAUUUAAACCUUGGAUUUCUCUCAAAAUUCUUCUGUUUGAGCUGUGCCAGUUUGGCAUGCAAACUGCCAAGCUCAUGCACACAGAACAUUUGUUUGAGUCAACAAAAGAAUACAUGGACAAAAAGGAUUCACGUACAGUAUGUACAUUAUGUUUUAGACACAGUAAGAUUGAUUCAAUUGUUUUGGAAACUCUGCUAAGUGAGGACCUGGAAAGAAAAAUAUUUUUUAAAAAUUAGAAGUGGAAGAGGAUUGAAUUAAGUUUAUGAUUUCACUAUCAUAUUGUAUAAAUAUAUUUGCAUUGUAUGAUAUUAAAUAUACAUUUCAUAGAAUCUAGAGCAACACAAGCGCAAUUGAAUUGAGUUAUUGUUAGAAAAAAAAGUGUAUCUAGCUGGUAGAAUUGAUUUGAACUAAACUUUUAUUGAAUUAAAAAUUUAAAAAUAUCCCAGUUUGAUUUUCGAUAUAGAUUGAGUUAUUUGAGUUAUAAUUAUUAUAUAUUUAAAAAUCAGAUACGUGGAAUUCAGAAAUGUUGAAUUUUUUGUUAGACAGUCAUAAAGCAGUCUUUGUCAAUAUGUCCAUGAGUACAAUACACAGGUUUUGUUUCAUUGAGAUUCUGUUUGUUCAUUUGUGUUUUGUUCAUAUAAAGAAAGAAAGAGGGCUGAA